CGAGGGAUUUGUGUUAUCUCUACUGCUGAAAUCCAAAGAGUUGAGUUAAAGAGGAGAGGAUGCGAUCGUGUCAUAACAAUUUGGAACAGUCUUUGGAUGUGGACCAGAUAUUUUUCCAACACAAAGAAGCGUUUCAAGAUUCAUGGAGUUCCAAAGGUGAUGAUAGCAAUGCGAUCAUCUUGCUGGAAAAGAACAAGAAGAAAACAAAUGGGACAAGUCAGCUAAACUCAGAUGUGAAGAAAAAAGUAACAAUGAGCAAAUCCCAGAAAAGAAAGCUGAAGAAAUUGGAGGAGGAGAAAGAGAAAGCGGCCUUGUUGGCUUCCAGCAUGAGAAUCUUGGAGAAGUACAAGAUCCGAGAGGAUGCAUAUUCACUUCUGCAAUCUUCGGGGAAUAUUGGUCAGGUUGAAACUAUGAAGGAGAAACGUAGAAGGGCCGUAGAGUUUUCUAAGGCAGGGUUAGAAGUUGCCCAGGAUGAGCGACCCUCAAAGAAAAGGAGUGAUGAAAGCAAAUCUGAUUUUGAUGAAGGCCACCAAAAUCAGGAGCUCAAUAAGGAUGAUUUGCAGUGUCCAGUGAUGCCGGACAGAGAAGGUCUUAAAAAUAUUCAUAGGUCUCUGGAUGCUUGUCAAGAUCCAACUUGUGGCAGCCCACUAGGUUCAGAGUUUUUAUCUGAUACUGCCAUACCUGCUAAGGGAUUCGCCGAUGAGGAUGAUGGCAGAGACAUUCAGCACGAAGGGAAGAAUUCUUUGCUACCACCAUGCAAUCGUGAUGAGAUAAAAAGCACCAACCUGCUGGAUGGAGAGAGGAAUGGCCCAAAACCAGAUUCACAUGGUUCUAGUGUCCUUGUAGAUUCUGCUACCCAGAGACCUAUUAGCACCCCAACUGUAGUGCAUGUAUCAAGACCAAAUGAAGUUGAAAGCAAAAGAAAGGAUCUUCCAAUAGUGAUGAUGGAGCAAGAGAUAAUGGAGGCUAUAAAUGAAAAUUCUGCACUUAUUAUAUGUGGAGAGACUGGGUGUGGUAAAACUACUCAAGUUCCUCAGUUCCUUUAUGAAGCUGGCUUUGGUUUGAACAAGUCUGGCUCAAAAAGUAGCAUAAUCGGUGUCACCCAACCACGUCGUGUUGCAGUCCUUGCCACGGCCAAGCGAGUGGCAUUUGAGCUAGGUCUCCGUCUAGGGAAGGAGGUUGGGUUUCAAGUUAGACAUGACAAGAAGAUCGGGGACCAUUGCUCCAUCAAGUUCAUGACAGAUGGAAUUUUGCUUCGAGAAGUGCAGAGUGAUUUCUUGCUUAGGAAGUAUUCUGUUAUUGUUCUGGAUGAGGCUCAUGAGAGAAGCUUGAAUACUGAUAUACUUAUUGGAAUGCUUUCCCGUAUCAUACAAAUCCGCCAGAGGUUAUACGAAGAGCAGCAAGAGAAGGUUCUUUCGGGAGUGAAAAUCAGUCCUGAGAAUUUAGUAUCUCAGUUAAAACUUGUACUUAUGAGUGCAACCUUGCGAGUUGAGGACUUUGUUUCAGAAAGGAGGCUAUUUAAUGAAAACCCACCUGUUAUAGAAGUUCCAACCAGACAAUUUCCUGUUACUGUUCACUUCUCAAAAAGAACCGAGAUCGUGGACUACAUGGGCCAGGCUUAUAAAAAGGUCUUGUCCAUUCACAAGCGGCUUCCACCUGGUGGAAUACUCGUUUUUGUCACUGGGCAGAGGGAAGUGGAAUAUUUGUGCCGCAAACUACGUAAAACUUCAAGGGAGCUGACUCAGAAAUUUUCCAAGCAGAAGGAGAGUGAGGCCACGGCUGUCUUGGAUGUAGAUACUAGUGACCAGGGAAUUGACAUGAAGGAUAUCAAUGAAGCAUUUGAGGUGCAUGGGUCAUCAGACCACCAGAAAACUGACAGAUUUAGUUCAUGUGAUGAGGAUCAUGAUGUUCUUGAUGAGGAAGAGUUCGACUCCUCUGAUGAUUUGGGAACAGAUAGUGAGUUGGAAGUUGAUGGUGAUGUUGAGGGUUCACUGAAAUAUGAAAAUCAUGAGAAAAAUGGUAAGCAUUUUGAUGUUCUUGGAGAACCUGGAAGCCUUGCCUCAUUGAAGGCUGCUUUUGCAGCUUUGGCCAGCAAUAAUGCACCCGACCCAACUUCUGAGGGGAAACUGGAUUCUCCCAUCACCCCUGGCUCAGAAGGAUGUUUGAACCAAUCUACUUCCACUUCUACGAAAAAAUGUGAUAUGGCUGAUGGUCCUUGUGCUAGUGCAAUGUGUGUCCUGCCUCUUUAUGCCAUGCUACCUGCAGCAGUACAGCUUCGGGUAUUUGAAAAGGUUCCUGAAGGAGAGCGGCUUGUAGUGGUUGCUACCAAUGUGGCUGAAACCUCCUUAACUAUUCCAGGCAUAAAGUAUGUGGUUGACACUGGAAGGGAGAAGGUCAAGAACUACAAUUCCUCCAAUGGUAUGGAAACAUAUGAGAUUCACUGGAUAAGCAAGGCAUCUGCUGCCCAACGUGCAGGAAGAGCCGGCAGAACUGGGCCUGGCCACUGUUACCGUCUCUAUUCUUCUGCUGUUUUUACUAACAUAUUUUCUGACUUCUCUAUCCCUGAAAUAUCCAAAAUACCUGUUGAUGGUGUUGUCCUUCUCAUGAAAUCAAUGGGUAUUGAUAAGGUUGCAAAUUUCCCAUUUCCGACUCCCCCUGAGGCCACUGCCUUGGUGGAAGCUGAGCGUUGCUUAAUGGCUCUUGAAGCACUUGAUAGUCAAGGAAGACUUACACCCCUUGGAAGGGCCAUGGCAAAGUAUCCCAUGAGUCCUCGUCACUCUCGUAUGCUUCUUACAGUUAUUCAAAUUAUGAAGAAAGUCCAGAGUUAUCCAAGGGCAAAUCUUGUUUUUGCUUACACAGUUGCUGCAGCCGCAGCUUUGAGCUUGUCAAAUCCUUUUAUUAUGCAAUUUGAGGGAAGCCACAAUAAUUCAGCUGAUUUGGAUAGAGAUGAUAAAACUGAUACUGUUGAUACCCCAAAGAUUCUGGACAAAGAAGAGAAACUGAGGCAGAAGAAACUGAAAGAAAUUACUAAAUUGGCCCGUGCAAAAUUCUGCAACCCUAGUAGUGAUGCUCUGACAAUAGCUUAUGCUUUGCAAUCAUUUGAACACGCAGGGAACCCAACAGAGUUCUGUAAAGAUAAUUCAUUACACCUGAAAACCAUGGAGGAGAUGUCCAAGCUAAGAAAGCAGCUACUCCAAUUGGUAUUUCAUCAAAGCUCUGUUGUUGUACACGAGGAUUUCUUGUGGACAUAUGGGACUGUUGAUGAUGUAGAACAGGCUUGGAGGAUUUCCUCCAACAGGCAUCCUCUAUUACUAAAUGAGGAGGAGCUCUUAGGACAAGCUAUCUGUGCUGGCUGGGCAGACAGGAUUGCCAAGCGCAUCAGAUUAGUUUCAGUGUCAUCAGAUAGAGACAGAAAAGCUAAUGCACCACGAUAUCAAUCUUGCAUGGUUAAAGAAACCGUGUUCCUCCAUCGUUGGUCAUCCGUUUCUCGAACAGCUCCUGAGUUUCUGGUCUAUAGUGAACUUCUAAACACAAAACGACCAUAUAUGCAUGGAGUGACAAGUGUGAAACCAGAUUGGCUUGUUAAAUAUGCUGCAUCUCUUUGUAGUUUCUCUACUCCACUUUCAGACCCAAAACCAUUUUAUGAACCCUCAGGUGACCAAGUGUUUUGCUGGGUGAGUCCAACCUUUGGUCCCCAUUUAUGGCAGCUACCAUUGCAUAGUUUGCCUGUCAGUAAUGGUGUGCAUAGAGUGACCGUAUUUGCUUAUGCUUUACUUGAAGGCCAAGUACUGCCUUGCUUAAGAUCUGCACAGAAGUUCAUGGCAGCCCCUGCUGUUACCAUUUUGAGGCCUGAGGCAGCAGGUCAAAGACGGGUGGGGAACCUUAUAAAUGAACUGAUGGCUGGUGCAAGGUCAAUUGAUAGUCGUGCCAUGUUGAGAAAGAUCUGGAAUGAGAAUCCCCAAAAAUUGCAUUCAGAGAUUCGGGACUGGUUUCAGGAGAAAUUUCAUGAUCAAUUUGAAAAGCUUUGGGCACAAAUGCAUCGUGAGGUUCUUUUGGAGUGUCAAGAACUUUUUCCCAAGAGUGUGAAGAAAGAAAAGAGGAAAAGUAGAGAUUAAGAGAACUUCACAUUUCCUGUUUGAUGUGCCUUGGUUGCUAUGUUUACCUGUUGAAAUACAGAAACUGAAGAAAAAAUGAGCUCAGUGAACCAAAUUGAACCUCGACCACGUGAGCCGAUGGGGACCAUACACAGCCUGGUGCAGUUCAAAGGCAGCAACUCAAUUUGAGGAGACAUUUUUAUCUACCGUGCUAAUUGCAUUCCUCAGGCCUGGGAUUGAAUCGUGCCUUCAAGCUUCUCACCCCUUACUUAUCUAACAUCUGUCUGAGAAUAUGAAAAUUUAUUUACAGCACUGCACCUUUGUAUUUAUAUAGUGAAUAGAGUUGGCUGAGGGAAGUAAUCAUGGACGUUGUCAGGUAGAUAAGGAUUUUAUCCUUUUAUAUGCUUAACAAAGGUUGUAUUUUUAUUGCAAACU